AUGAAACGCGAGGCACCGUCUGAGUUACAUGGCUACAACAGUGAUGGCGACGUGCGACUAGCAAAAGCGCGCCGGCGAGAAAGCCCAAGCACGAAUCCAGAGCUUUGGAAGAAAGAGCACGAGCACAGCAAAGCGCAGCAACCGCUUUCUCCCUUCUCCCCUGACUGUGAUAGUAAAGUAUGUUUUGACCCUCAAAGUGCGAUAUUCAUCACACUGACUGCCCAGCAACCUGAUCCUCUCGAACACCGAACUACCACUCCAACGUCCCUCACGAAUACCACUGACGAGCUUCUGGACGACAUCUACCACUGGAUCCCUGCACCAUCGGAGACUGACGCGCUUGAGGUGAUGAGCCAACCCGCGUCAAAACGAUCCCGAUCGCGUUCGAUCUCAACGGAUCGAGGGCGUGCUCGGUCGGUCUCAUCGGACAACAGCGAGAGCAGUUCGGCUCGGGACACCAGGUCAUAUGCAUAUAGAGCUGUCAAUUAUGUCACCAUCCUGGAGACCAAAGGAUGCUUCAUGCGACAGUCCUCUACCGGCCCGAUAUCCGAGGAUAUCGCGCUCUGUGAGCGUCUUCUCAGUCAGCCCAUCGAACCACCCACCGGCACACUGCUCGAAGACGAGUAUAGCACAGAUUUCCAUAAUGCGUUGCAGAAUCGAUCCGAAGCGCGUCUGUUGGUGGACCUGCACCCUCUCAUUAUGCCAUCCGCGGAGAAUCAAUACAUUCGAGGGAACCAAUCUUUGAAGGAUGUGAUUGAUGGGUACAAUGAUCCCUGGCUGAAGACCGAGCCAAUCUAUGGUCCGAAACCUCAGCCUGAUCACGCACGAGGCUUGAGAUGGUCGGCUUUUUCCGAGAGCCAGCGGCGCAAACUCGGGAUCAAGCCUGACGAGAAAUCGCCCUACACGGUGCGAGAGGACAUGUACUUCCCAUACUUGACCGCAGAAAUCAAAUGUGGGAACCAGGCGCUGGAACUUGCCGAUCGGCAGAACAUGCAUAGUAUGUGCAUUGCUCUGCGAGCUGUGGUCUCUUUGUGCCAAGCCGCCGGCUGCACGGAAGAGGUGCAUCGGCGGAUUCUGGGCUUUUCAAUAUCGCAUGAGCUCGAAGGCUUUCGAAUAUAUGGUUACUACCCGGAAAUUCAUGAUGGCAAGGUAUCAUUCUAUCGUUGGCCUGUUGCGCAACCCAACGUCUGGGUCAAAGAAACUCGAUGGACAUGUUAUCAGUUUGUGGAGAACUUGGACCGUGAAUUUCUGCCUAUUCAUACCGAUAGAUUGAUGCGGAUACUAGAGGAAGUUCCGGACCCAGACGAAGAUGUUUCUGGUAUCGAUGUUGAUGAGCUUGACUCUCAGGUGUCGAUGGUUGGAUUGCAGGAACGCCCGGGCUAUCGCCGAGCAGCGUCUUCGCAGAAUCGUGGUCUACAACCAGAGCUACGUAUGAUGGUGCAAACCCUACAACAGCAGCUGGCAGAUCAGAAGGAACGAGAAGAGAAGCGGGCGGCAGAACAGAAGGGGAGAGAAGAGAAGCUUCUCGUUCAAUUGGAACAGCAGAAGCUACGAGAAGAAAGGCGAGAGGUGGAACAGAAGGACAGGGAGAAAAAGAGAGAAGCGGACUAUAAGGAACUGCAAGACAAGCUCCUUGCUCUUUUAGAACAGAGAAGAUAA